AUUCUCACAGGGGGCGUGGCCAACCGGUCAGCUGUGUGGGGGGGUAUAAAAGGCGGCGACACCUCCGCUCGUCCCCCGCGCUCACUUCUCCUCUGAGGACAAGCAGACUGAGGUGCGUUCACUGACGUGAGGACUAAGACCAUAUCAGACAAAAUGGUGAAGAUUGGAAUCAACGGAUUCGGCCGUAUCGGCCGUCUGGUGACCCGUGCCGCUGCUACAGGAGGCAAGGUCGAGGUGGUGGCCAUCAACGACCCAUUCAUCGAUCUGGACUACAUGGUCUACAUGUUCAAGUACGACUCCACUCACGGUGUGUUUAAGCACGGAGAGGUGAAGGCCGAGGGCGGCAAGCUGGUCAUCGGCAACAUGCACAUCAUGGUCUUCCACGAGAGGGACCCCGCCAACAUCAAAUGGGGCGAUGCUGGUGCCGACUAUGUCGUGGAGUCCACCGGUGUGUUCACCACCAUCGAGAAAGCCUCCGCUCACCUGAAGGGUGGAGCUAAGAGGGUGGUGAUCUCUGCUCCCAGCGCUGACGCUCCCAUGUUCGUCAUGGGUGUCAACCACGAGAAGUACGACAACUCCAUGAAGGUUGUCAGCAACGCUUCCUGCACAACCAACUGCCUGGCUCCCCUCGCCAAGGUCAUCAACGAUAACUUUGGCAUCGUUGAGGGUCUCAUGAGCACUGUCCACGCCAUCACCGCCACACAGAAGACCGUUGAUGGUCCCUCUGGUAAGCUGUGGAGGGAUGGACGUGGUGCCUCCCAGAAUAUCAUCCCCGCCUCCACCGGAGCCGCCAAGGCUGUGGGCAAGGUCGUCCCUGAGCUGAACGGCAAACUGACCGGAAUGGCUUUCCGUGUCCCCACCCCCAAUGUCUCUGUCGUUGAUCUGACCGUCCGUCUGGAGAAGCCCGCCAAAUAUGACGACAUCAAGAAGGUUAUCAAGGCUGCUGCUGAGGGACCUAUGAAGGGAAUCCUGGGAUACACAGAGGACCAGGUUGUGUCCACAGACUUCAACAGCGACCCUCACUCCUCCAUCUUCGACGCCGGCGCCGGCAUUGCUCUCAACGAACACUUUGUCAAGCUGGUUUCAUGGUACGACAACGAGUUCGGCUACAGCAACCGCGUGUGCGACCUGGUCCAGCACAUGUUCACCAAGGAGUAAAGUCCUUUUACGACUCAUCGUUCCUUCCCAUGAUUCCCUCUUCCUUCACCUGUAACUGGAUGCAGUGCCAUGCAUUCCCGGGAGCAAACUCUUCUAUGACAAAUGUCUAUCUCAUGAUGAUAAUAAUGAUAAUAAUAAUGAUAACGAUAUCUUUUUAUAUGAUAAAGUCACCUCUGUUCCAUCCAGCAGUGAGGACUGCAGUCAGCAGUGUUUUCCCCAUCACUGAACUGCGUUGUACUGAAUGGUCUUGUUGCACUAAACAUGCACAGUGGCUCCUUUGCACUUAACAUGAUAAUAAAGUCCUCAGUUUGUGGAAAGUCUA